AAAAUGUCUAUAAAAGAAAACGAGAAAACAAAAACAUGAUGAUUGCGUGAGAAGAACAAAGAAGUGAAACAUGUCAGACGAGGAACACCAUUUUGAGUCCAAAGCAGAUGCUGGAGCAUCAAAGACAUAUCCACAACAAGCUGGUACAAUCCGCAAAAAUGGUCACAUUGUUAUAAAAAACAGACCCUGCAAGGUAGUUGAAGUUUCAACUUCUAAAACUGGAAAGCAUGGACAUGCAAAGUGUCAUUUUGUUGGUAUUGAUAUCUUCACUGGCAAAAAACUUGAAGAUAUUGUUCCUUCUUCUCAUAACUGUGAUGUUCCUCAUGUUAAUCGCACUGAUUAUCAGCUCAUUGAUAUCUCAGAGGAUGGAUUUGUGAGUUUGCUGACUGAGAGUGGUGGUACUAAGGAUGACCUUAAGCUUCCUACCGAUGAAACUCUGCUUUCGCAGGUAAGUUGUGUAAUAGCUUGCUGCAAACACAUUAUCAAACAAGAUCAAGGAUGGAUUUGGUGAAGGUAAAGAUCUGAUUGUGUCUGUCAUGUCUGCUAUGGGUGAGGAGCAGAUUUGUGGCCUCAAGGACAUUGGCCCCAAGUAAUAAAUCCAUGAAUGCUUCUUGAAAAGGAGAAGAUAUAUUUAAUAUUUGUGUGUGAUUGUUGUGUAAAAAGACCAAUCUAAAUUUGUGCAAAUUCUUACAAGAUAUGGUAAUGGUUAACUUUAUUGAGUCUUUGACCACUUAUAUUUUUGUGGUCUAAGAUCAAUACUUGAACCAUCAAGUCUGUUAUAAGUUGUGAAGAAGUUACAUUGGUUACUGGCCAGUAACAUUAAUUAUGUGCUAAUAUAAGACCCUCUAACGUUUCUAUAA